UAGCCGGCGUUUGUUUUUCGUCGCCGAGCAACAGCAAUAGAAAUUUCAUUUAUUUUGUUGAAUCCAUACAAAUAAAUCGAGUCCAGUCGUCAACGAACAAGGAAAACUAUAAUUUGUACCUAAUAAAAUAGUUUGUAUACUCAAUAAAUAUGGGCGAAACAGAGAAAAUUGAGGUGCGCGACAUAACUCGCAUCGAACGCAUUGGCGCCCAUUCUCACAUUCGAGGUCUGGGACUCGAUGAUGUGCUCGAAGCACGCGCCGUCUCCCAGGGCAUGGUUGGUCAGAAGGACGCACGUCGUGCCGCAGGCGUUGUUGUGCAAAUGGUGCGUGAGGGCAAAAUCGCUGGACGCUGUAUUUUGCUCGCCGGCGAGCCGAGCACCGGAAAAACUGCUAUUGCUGUUGGCAUGGCCCAGGCUUUGGGCACUGAAACGCCUUUCACAAGCAUGUCUGGCUCGGAGAUCUAUUCGCUGGAGAUGAGCAAAACGGAGGCUCUGUCGCAGGCUCUGCGCAAAAGCAUUGGCGUCCGCAUUAAAGAGGAGACCGAGAUUAUCGAGGGUGAAGUCGUCGAAAUACAAAUCGAACGUCCCGCAACUGGCACUGGACAGAAGGUGGGCAAGGUGACCCUGAAAACUACCGAAAUGGAAACCAAUUACGAUCUGGGCAACAAGAUUAUCGAGUGCUUCAUGAAAGAAAAGAUUCAGGCGGGCGAUGUCAUCACCAUUGACAAAGCCUCCGGCAAGGUGAAUAAGCUGGGAAGAAGCUUCACGCGUGCCCGUGACUAUGAUGCAACUGGUGCACAGACACGCUUCGUUCAGUGUCCCGAGGGGGAGCUGCAGAAGCGCAAGGAAGUGGUGCAUACAGUAACACUACACGAGAUCGAUGUGAUCAAUAGUCGCACUCACGGUUUCCUCGCCUUGUUCUCUGGUGACACCGGCGAGAUCAAGCAGGAGGUGCGUGAUCAGAUCAACAACAAGGUCUUGGAAUGGCGUGAGGAGGGCAAAGCAGAGAUCAAUCCGGGAGUACUCUUUAUCGAUGAGGUGCACAUGCUGGAUAUCGAGUGCUUCUCGUUUCUGAAUCGUGCCCUCGAGUCCGAUAUGGCACCGGUUGUGGUGAUGGCUACCAAUCGUGGCAUCACACGCAUUCGUGGCACCAACUAUCGCAGUCCGCAUGGCAUUCCCAUUGAUCUGUUGGAUCGCAUGAUUAUUAUACGCACUGUUCCCUAUUCGGAAAAGGAGGUCAAGGAGAUCUUGAAGAUACGCUGCGAAGAGGAGGACUGCAUCAUGCAUCCCGAUGCCUUGACCAUUCUCACGCGCAUCGCCACUGACACAAGUUUGCGUUAUGCCAUCCAAUUGAUUACCACCGCCAAUUUGGUGUGUCGUCGUCGCAAGGCCACCGAGGUAAACACUGAGGAUGUGAAGAAGGUCUAUUCGCUGUUCCUCGACGAGAAUCGUUCCAGCAAGAUACUGAAGGAGUAUCAAGACGAUUACAUGUUCAGCGAGAUCAAUGAGCAUGAGGAGGAUGUCGCUGCUGCUGGUGGCGGUGGCGCCAAACGUCGCAUUGACACUGGCGAUGGAGAUGCUCAGGCCAUGGAGCAUUAAACUUAAUUUGUACAAUUCACAACAUUCUCACCCAGUCCCCCUCACAAAUAAACAUGCUUACAAUGUACCUCAC